UAAGGCUAGGGUUUUCGGGGCCUCCAUUCAACGAUCAAGCGAUGGCGUCGUCCUGGCUAAUCUGAUCGUCCAAUCGCCCAAGACUUCCCAGGCAGCUGGAAAUCUUGAAGCGCUGGUAAGGAAAUCUCGGGAUGAACAGGGCAUUGGGGAUGGAAACGCUAGCUCCGGGCGCUCGAUUGACGCACUGGCGGAACUCCGCAGUUUCUCCAGUCACAAAUGCAACAUUUCCAUCCCGGAAAGCCGCAUUUGGCAUCGGAUUGCGCGCUGGAUUGAGCUGCUCGCCGCCGCGCCAGGUCGGAUUCAUCUCGAGGGAUUCCUCGUCCUCCAGGAAAAUCUCGUGCUCGUCGGCUCCAGAGCCGUCGACGCCGGCAACAGUGAUCGAGGCGGACGAUCCGAAAUCUCUGAAAAAGCCGCUGGAGGGUGCCAAGCCUUUGCCACUGGCGAUCUCGGUCAGUGUGGGGCUGAUUUUGAGAUUCCUGGUUCCAAAGCCCGCGGCAGUGUCGGCUCAAGCCUGGCAGCUCCUAUCGAUCUUCUUAUCGACGAUCACGGGUCUCGUUCUCAGUCCACUGCCGGUUGGAGCUUGGGCCUUCAUAGGAUUGACAACAACAGUGCUCACACGGACACUAUCUUUCGCGUCGGCUUUCAGCGCCUUCACAAACGAUGUCAUCUGGCUCAUCGUCAUCUCCUUUUUCUUCGCGAGAGGAUUCGUGAAAACCGGCCUGGGUGAUAGAAUUGCCACGUACUUCGUGAAGUGGCUGGGGAAAAGCACACUGGGACUUUCUUAUGGGCUUACUGUGAGCGAAGCGCUCAUAGCACCAGCGAUGCCGAGCACGACCGCACGAGCGGGGGGAGUGUUCUUGCCGAUCAUCAACUCACUCUCUCUUUCGGCUGGGAGCCGUCCAAACGAUAAAUCGUCGUCAAAGCUUGGAGCGUACCUCGUCCAGACUCAAUUCCAGGCUGCUGGAAACUCGAGCGCUCUCUUUUUGACUGCUGCGGCACAGAAUCUAUUGUGCCUGAAGCUGGCAGAGGAGCUGGGCGUUAUCGUGGCGAAUCCAUGGGUGACAUGGCUUAAAGUGGCGAUCGUCCCGGCCGCUCUAUCGCUACUCUCGACCCCGUUGCUCCUCUACAAGUUGUAUCCUCCCGAGAUCAAAGACACUCCUGAAGCUCCUGCAAUGGCUGAAAAGAAGCUGCAGCAAAUGGGGCCUGUGACUAAGAGCGAGUGGGUGAUGGUUUCGACGAUGCUCCUCGCUGUUACUCUGUGGGUUUUGGGAGAUAAACUUGGAGUUCCAAGUGUUGUGGCAGCUAUGCUCGGCUUGUCAAUAUUACUGGUUCUUGGCGUCCUCAAUUGGGAUGACUGCCUAAGCGAGAAAUCAGCCUGGGAUACUCUUGCGUGGUUUGCAGUACUUGUUGGUAUGGCCAGCCAGCUUACCAGCUUGGGACUCGUAAAGUGGAUGUCCGACUCCGUCGCUAAAGUCCUGGCCUCGUUUUCUCUCAGCUGGCCUGCUGCAUUCGGCGUUCUCCAGGGUUCAUACUUUUUGAUUCACUACCUCUUUGCGAGCCAAACCGGUCACGUCGGUGCACUCUACUCGGCCUUCCUAGCCAUGCACCUCGCAGCUGGUGUUCCUGGCGUGCUGUCAGCGCUGGCUUUGGCCUACAACACAAAUCUCUUUGGUGCGCUCACGCACUACAGCAGUGGUCAGGCAGCUGUUUAUUACGGAGCUGGAUACGUUGAAUUGCGGGACAUUUUUAAAUACGGGGCCAUUGUAGCCCUGUGGAACGGCAUUGUUUGGACCGUAAGUGGAGCAAUAUGGUGGAAGAUCUUGGGUCUCUACUGAGGCAAGUUGAGCUUCUUCUACUUUUUGAAGUUCUCUGUCUGGUCACUCAUGACAUUCUUUGGAAUAAGUACGAAAUGGCGUGAAUGCGCAACUCGAAGUUUC